UUUCCCUUAUACGGUAUAUAAGAGAUAAGAAAGCCAAAAAAAGAGCAAAUAUAUAGGCCCCAAUAUACAUAGCAUAUGAAUUUUAAGUCUCAAGUCUCAAAGUGCGUGUAUCAUUGUUGGUUCGCCUUAUAAAUAACAUCUCAAUGGUUUGGUUGCCUUUAAAUCAACGUUUUAAAAAAACAAAACAAACAUAUAAUUUUUCUUGUAACUAAAAAAAGUUCGAGUUUGUGUUGUUAUCGCCUUUAAGCAGCCCCUCCAAAUAUGAGGCCACUGCAGUUCCACCUUAAAAAUGGAGACGUUGCACUACGGGGGAUAGUCUCUCUCCCCCACUCUUUCUCUCUCUCUCUCCCUCCCUCCAGUGGUGAAAGCCUUCAGUAAAGCCGUGGUUUGUUCGUGUGUGUGCAUGUGUUGAGUAAGUUGCUGAGUUGUUGAGGAAUGGGGGAAACCAGAGGAAUCACGGUCCGGGUCGCAGCGGGCUGCUGUGUGUCAGCCGGUGUCCAUGUUCUGUAGCCGCCGCUGACUGUCACGUGAAGGACUUUUAUCUCGACUGCAACAUCAGCAGUCACUUUUAAAACUGGGCCGUGAGCUAUGACGUCAGAUGGGAACCAUGCAGAUGCCAUGCUUGACUCUCUGUUCAUUCAGGAGAGUGAGGAAGGGUACAGAAACCCCACUGAAGUGAAGAUGAGUCAGAUCGUGCUGCCAUGCCACGCCAACCACUGUGGAGAGCUGAGUGUUGGACAGCUGCUGAAGUGGAUGGACUCCACAGCCUGCUUGUCUGCUGAGAGGCAUGCAGGUUGUUCCUGUAUCACUGCAUCUGUGGACGACAUCCAUUUUGAACACACCAUAGGGGUGGGAAAGGUUGUCAACAUCAUCGCAAAGGUUAACAGAGCCUUCACAUCCAGUAUGGAGGUAGGUAUAUUGGUGACCUGUGAGGACCUUUACACUGACAGGCAGUGGAAGGUUUGCCAUGCCUUUGCAACCUUUGUUGCUAGACGCACUGAAGCUGGGAAGGUACAGCUGAAGCAGGUGAUUCCUCGCACACAAAUGGAGCAGAUGGAGUACAGCCUGGCAGCAGAGCGGAGGAGGAUGAGGCUGAUCCAUGCUGAGAUCAUUACAGACCUACUGAGCAGCAGCACAGCUCAACUGGGAGAAUGCCAGGAGCAUCAGGAUGCUGUGCCAGCCGAGCGGACACGAGUGGAGAGUGUGGAGCUGGUGUUACCGCCACAUGCCAACCACCAAGUCAGCACCUUCGGGGGCCAGAUCAUGGCCUGGAUGGAGAAUGUGGCUACAAUCGCAGCAUGUCGCUUGUGUAACGCUCACCCAACACUGAGGAGCAUUGACAUGUUCCAUUUUCGAGGCCCGUCUCAUAUCGGUGACAGACUGGUGCUGAAAGCCAUCGUUAACAACGCCUUCAAGCACAGCAUGGAGGUGGGUGUGUGUGCUGAGGCCUACCAGGGUGGAGAACCUCUGCGCCAUAUAAAUAGUGCUUUUAUGACCUUUGAGGUGCUGGACAGUGACAGGAAAGCAAGAACACUGCCACGGAUACGACCUGAGCCUGUGGAUGGAAAAAGACGUUAUCAAGAAGCUAUUGCCCGAAAGAAGAUUCGCCUUGAUAGGAAAUACAUUAUCUCCUGCAAGCAAACUGAAGUGCCUCUGUCUGUGCCCUGGGACCCAAGUAACCAGAUGUACCUGAGCUAUAAUAAUGUAUCGGCGCUGAAACUAAUGGAUACCAGAAACAACUGGGUAUUAACUUCUGAGAAAAACAAGGUCAGGCUGUACACGCUGGAGGAAAACCACGUGCUGUGUUUCAAAGUGGAGAUGCACGUCAGUGUACCGGCGGAGCAGACGUUCCACCUCCUGUCAGACCUGAGGAGGAGAAAGGAGUGGGACCGGCACUAUGAGGAGUGUGAGGUGAUCAUCCAAGCAGAUGAGGAAGACACCCUUUAUCGCGUAGCCACUCCGUCUGUCAGUAAAGGGGACAAAGGCAAGGACUUCAUCCUGCUGGCAUCCAGGAGGAAACCAUGUGAUGCCAGGGACCCAUAUCUGAUCGCUCUGCGUUCUGUCACUUUGCCCACUCACCCUCCCACUGAGGACUACACGAGGGGAGAGGUGCUCUGUGCUGGCUUCACAAUCUGGGAAGAGUCCAGUAUUGUCACCAAGAUAACCUACUACAACCAGGCCACACCGGGUGUCCUCCCAUACAUCUCCACAGACAUCGCUGGCCUCUCCUCCGGCUUUUACAGUGCGUUUUCUGCCUGUAGCCACUUCCUGGAGGCCAACAAGGACAGCCUGGCUGCUCUGCCGCCCUCUACGCUGUGACCCAAAAAAUGCUGCCACGGUCUCUCCCAACAAGAGGAUCAUCAUUAGGAGGGAUCAAGAUUCUCUCUCUGUCUUUAUCAACUUUCAUUUUUGUUGUGGAGGUGCUGCUCUCUUGGAUCCAAGUUACCCACCUUGAGAUUACAGAUGUCUCUCUGAUGGAUUUGUAUUCUGGUGGUUUCUUUUAAGUCGUUAGACCUUAGGACUCACUGUAUGACUUUAUUUUGAAAAUUAAAUGAAUUCACUGUAUACAAUAGUUUUUUUUUUAAAAGAACUUCCUAAUUGAUUUCAACAGUAUUGAUGGGUUUGAAGCAAGACGGCACAAUGUUUCUUGAAUUUUAAAGAUUGUGUUAUACUAAUUUAUAGAUCAAUACAUUUUUGUAAAUAGGUUUAAGUGUUUAACACAAUCUCAGCAAUCUGUUAUCCUGAGACAUGCGUUGUGUUUUUAAUGGUAUUGCCAGUCUUUAGAGAAACUAAUGUGAGGAUAAGAGAGAUGUUUUGAUUGGCCUCUUUUUGAUAUAGUUUUCUACCUCUUGAGAUUUUAAACUAUUUGAUUAAGACUUAGAAUGUAAGUUAAGUGCGUAAUGCUGUUUUUUACUUUGAGAUGUAUGAUUUUCUAGGACAAUUCUUGCACUGAUUGUAUAACAUGUUGACUUUCUACGGCCAAUACUCUCACACGACGUGCUGUUUUUUCUUGAUUGAACCUGAAACAAUAAACACGAUAGACCACUGGAUCAUGCACAAUUCA